AUGGAGACACUUCCGGGUGUCGCUACGGCGGCCGCGGGAGGACGAAAGACCUCAGGCCGCGCCCCUUCCACCACCACGCGUGUAGGGCCUUGCGGAGGGGCCGGCAGAGGCGCCCUGGCUGACCCCCGUCCUCCUCUCCUCUCUUCUAGCCUCUGGCAUUCCCCGGAGCUGCUCUCCGACAUCCAGGACGGCUACAGCGUCUCAGGGCACCUGCUGGUCUGCUUCUCCUCGGGCUACUUCAUCCAUGACAGCCUUGACAUCAUCUUCAACCAUCAGUCCCGCUCGUCUUGGGAGUACCUGGUGCACCACGCCAUGGCCAUCUCUGCCUUCGUCUCGCUCAUCAUCACGGGCCGCUUCCUGGUGGCGGCAAUGCUGCUGCUGCUGGUGGAGGUGAGCAACAUCUUCCUCACCGUCCGCAUGCUGCUGAAGAUGAGCAACGUGCCUUCCCCGGCGCUCUACGAGGCCAACAAGUACAUCAACCUGGUGAUGUACUUCGCCUUCCGCCUGGCGCCCCAGGCUUACCUCACCUGGUACUUCCUCCGCUACGUGGAGGUGCAGGGCCAGGGUGCCUUCCUCACCGCCAACCUCCUGCUGCUCGACGCCAUGAUCCUCAUGUACUUCUCCCGCCUCCUCCGCUCUGAUUUUUUCCCCUCCCUGCACAAGGGCUCUGUGAGGAGAGACGUGGAUGGUGAGAAGUUUCUGAUAGACUGAGACAUGUGUGCUGAGGAGGACCCGGGCUCCAGCUCCUGGAGGUCUUGGCCUCUCCAAACCUGCUCUGAUGUGCCUUAGGGCUCGCUCCCUGGCCCCGGGCCCUGCCUUCACCUGCUCUGCUGCCUAAAAGCGCUUCCCUGCUGGACCAGCCCGACAGCCUCACCCAGCCAUAGGGACGCUGCCGAAGCCAGGGGCACGGCUGAUGGAGAAGCAGCCCAAGCCGGCUUCUGUGCAGGCAGCUGGAGGGCCAGGGGUGGCUGCGUUUAGGAGCUGAUGGCCUGAGAGGGUUGCGAGGGAAGGGACGAGUCCCUCCCGUGGUGAUGUUGGGUGUUAUGUGCAUUAAAAUCGGUCUGUUUACUGCUGCCGCA